GGCCCCGCCCGCCCCACUCGCUCCUCCGGCGGGCAGCCCAGCCGCAGAUUAAGGUCCUUCCUUCUGGCUGUUAUCUGGCAACAACAGGAGUGAGUUUUAACAAAGAUUCAGUUUGGCUGGUGGGUUUAUGCGAUCUGCCUGUAGAGAGAGAACACCUGCUUAUUCUUGUGAAGAGGAAACAAGAAUUAUAGUGGUACCUGCUACUGUAUGUCUGUGCCAUUUAUUUCAAGACUUCUCUGUAUCAAGCUAACUUUUCGGCCUAGAGAGCAGUGAAACUGUUUGGCUGGAGCAUCAUUUCAGUUGCUGAACUUUUGUCACCUGUGGGGCAGAUGAAGCAACAGAUCUGUGAAUCACUUUGCAGGAGAAUUUGAAAAACUGGACAAUAUUCAAAUUUACUUUAGGACUGAGGAGUUACAGUCAAUUUUCACUUUAGAAUGAAAUAAAGAAGUUACAGCUAACGUUUCUAGUGUGAUAGUUUAAACUAAACUUAAAGUACAUGAUAACAUAGAUCAUAGUUUUAAAAAGAGAAGUUAGUUCAGAAGAUCAUAGGUUUCCAUUAUUGUUCAGUAAGCAAUUGAUAAAAUAUUUUGCCUUUUGGGAGGUAUUCCAGUCAGAGCAUACUAAUUGUAGUUCUUAAUAUCAUACCCAUAGCUCAUGUAUUUCAAUGAAAUCACUUGUAUUCCUCCAAAUUUAUCGAAUUCUAACAGACUGAAUGGAAAAACAGUCAGGUGCUAUGAUUUGUAAGUUGUAAUCGAUGCUCUCUAUAUGAAACAGUCCUCAGGGAAAAAAAGUUGCUAAUCAUAGAAAUGAGUGGGUAAUAAAGUUAAUGUUACUUUCUUGCAAAUCUUUACAUAAUUUUCCAUUAAGAAAAAGAACAGAAGCAAAGGAAUUGGAGUUCAGUUUUGAUGCCAUAGCAUUAUGAAGGCUAUAAAAAUACUAAUAAUAAGAAACUGGUUUGUAAUUGAAGGUAGACACCACUAUCCCUUCUCAUUAAGUAGAAUCUACUAUGCGAACUGUACUGAUUAUCUUUAAACACAAAGCUGUGUUUAACCAAUCUCCUUCACACAAAUGCCUGCAGCAAAUGAAAGUUCUCCUGUUAAGGACAACUGCAUUUUCACAAAGCCUGCAUUCAGCCUUAUGUAUAGCACUGCAGAAAAUGCCAGCUGAAUUCGUGCCUGUGAUGACGUGACUUAGUGUAAUGUUUCUCCUUCCCUGGUCUGCUCUCACUGAGAUUGCAUUUAUGAGACUCUAGAGGGAUCAAAAUGGACAGCGUAACUUCUUGACCCCUUUUAGUCAGUUUCCCUUGAAAAUAAGACCAACUUAUCAUACGAUCUAUUCUUCCUUAAUUUUUGGAUUGUUGGCCAAUGUCAGGUACAUUCUGAAAAGAGUAGGUGCCUUGGAUCUGAUUGUUCACUAAUUUUGCUGAAUAUUUGCUGCUAGCUAAAGAGAAAUCGGGAUCAGUUGUCCUUCUGAAGGAAAACAUGCAAUGUGAGCUGGACAUCCGUUGCUUUGUUUAAGCCAGUAUACAGUUGGCCAUGUUUGCACAUCUGUAAGAAUGCUUUGGUUAGUUGUUUUGGAGCACAUUAUUCUGUAAGAAGUAAUUUCCAAAGAGAAUCUGAGAAUUUGGAUGACAAAGGCACUUGCAGUAGAGAGAUCAGAAAUCACAACUUCAUUUUUUUUUUCCCUGUCACAUAUUUGCAAAGAUAUCUGGCCAUAAAACAUUGUCCCUGCAGAUGAAAACCUCUCGUUUUACUGGUACCUGAUCGUCUUACUUGCUCUUGUGAACCUGGAUAGCUGCUCCAUGCUUCAAGGCUUUAUACAAGAGUUAAUAUGAUACAAACAUACUUAGCUUCCUUGUCCAAGUCCCUGUAUAGGAACACUCUCCUGUUUGUUUCUCUGUUGGGUGGAACUGAAUGCCAUGUUUAAAUCCAGUGGGUACACGGUAUUUCUUGAACAGAAGGGCUACUGUGCAAGGUGUGCAGCUCUGAGAGAGUUAGCAUUACUGCAGGUAGCUGCUAGUCUCUUGAGAGAGCUACUGAUUUUACACAUCCAGCUACAAGUUCCUUUUGCUAUGCAGAGUGAGCUUAGGUUGUUUUUCUCCCUACUCUUCAUCCUCUUGAGUAGAUUUCUACAGCUGGACUGUUGUGGCUGAUGCUAACAGGAAUUCUAGUUGGUUCUCCUGCAGUUCCUCUGAUGUAAUCUAAGCACACCCUAACCUGGCUCUACAUAAAUGAUCCUGGCUCCAGCUGGAAGCCUGCUAGCAGAUGGAGAACAGAACUGGGGUGAGCACUUAUCUGCAUGCAGGUUAUGAGCAGCUGUAGGGGUUUGCAGAACUUACUUCAGCUGAGCAGCCACUGUGGUGCAUUUGUGCAUUUCUUUGCUCAUACUUGUUGUAAAGGGCAGUUUCCUAGGAGCUUAUCUGCAGUGUAGGUGAGGAGAGAUCCAUAGCAUGUUGGUUAGACAGCUCUCGCCCUUCAAGUGAAGAUAUGGGAGUACGUUGUUGAGCCAGUUAAGCUUUCACUUCUCUUAAGACUUGUUAGACUACACGAAGAACUGUUCAAAAAUAAACUCUGGUAUAUCUCAUCAGCUUUAUUGCUGGGGUGGGGAUUACCGGUGGGUGUGGUAAAAAGCUGACCUGUAUCAUUGGAUAACAUAACUAUUGACAACACCCUACUUGUCUCUGUGAGCUCCUCUGCUGUGUCAUAACAUGGGGUUCUACUGCAGAGAGAGCCUGUUCAUCUUUGCAGCUCAAAACAAUUUUGUAUUGUCAAGAUGGAAAAAAUAAAUCUCAGUACAACAAAAUAUGAAAGUGUACUUUUUUGAGCUACACACAACAGCAUUCUUGCUACACUCUGCCAAUUUUAUCAUAAAGUAGAACAAUUAAGAAAACAGAUAGGAACAAAACUUGUAUUUUUUUAUGAACACAAAAAAAGGCUAUAUGAAUUAAGGAUAGGAAAAUUUGCUUUGCAUGAGGCAUCUUGCAUACUUCACAGUUAAAAUUGAAUUCUAUGUUCCACUCUGCUUUAAAAGGCAGAUUGAGAAAGGUAGAAGUAUGUGGCAGUAACAUCACUUUCAAGGUCUGUAUUCUCUCAAUUGAGGUAUUUGCUGUAAGGCAGUCUCUCUGAAUUGAACGUCACUUGCACAGAAUCUUGCUCACUUUGUAGCUUAUUUCUUGGUCUUUUCUACUUUCCCGCUCAGCAGGUCUGAAUUUGCCAGUCUUCUAUCUUUGUUGGAUUGUGAAGAACUUGAAAGCAAACUGACCUCGCUGAGCCUCCUCCCACUACAAGGUGGGGCAGAAUAUUGAUGACAAGCUUAUCUUGCAGAUUUGAAAUGUAAUAGCAUGAAGUUUAGCUAUCUUUGAUAUCUUACUGGAAUGCUGUUCACUGAUGGUUAUUGAUGUCUUGAUGACUCAGGAUGCUGCUUUGUGUGGUCGGGUCAGUUUUUAUUUAAUUCUGAGUUUUUCUUUGACUCAGUCUCUUAUGCUUCUUUGAAAAGAUGUUAUCAGGGCUUCUGGAAAUGAUUGCCUGCCAGAAGAUCUUAAAAGAACAUUCAGUGGAAAGGAGCAUCUUCACUAACUUCACUGUUUAUAAGGAUCUUUCUGUUUUAAAAUCAGAUUGUCAGCUGGACAAAGAACAAGAAGUGGCAGCUAAUUGUAUGCUGGAAUCCUGCUAGCUGAAUUGGAGCUUCUGUUAGGAUAGGAGUAUUCCCAUUGGUCAGUCAACCUAGAGGUUAUAGAUUAAUUUACAAGUGUUACAGUGAAACAUGACUCUUACAUAUUAAAGCAAAUUGUGGUAUUGAUUUUGCAGAAACACAUCUGACAGUGGUCCUGCUGAAUUCAUUUGAAUUUCCUGCGCUAUUGAUGUUCUUGUGGAAUAAUAUUCUGCUUUGUUACUCAGUGGCCGUACCUAUGCAUACUGGUGCUUCAGUAUUUGUGCAUCCACGAGUAUUUAUUGUAAUGUAAGCUUGUCAAAAUUAGCUGCUGUUGGUUGCUGAUUGGAAUUCAGAGGAAUGCUUCUAUGUAUUAUUUGUAUGAAAUACACGUUAGAAAAAAAGUAGGCACAACUUUUGAUAUACAUUCUUUUCUCUUUAGAGAAAAAUGCAAAAGCAAAACAAUAUGGAGUACUUAAAAAUGUGAUGUAGUAGGUUGAAAAUGUACACAGCUUGGAGUUAUUUUCAUGUUUUCAUACUCCCUCUUGAAUAAAAAAGAAAGCAGUGGUUCUUCUUAAGCUUCAGUGACCAAAACCCAAAUUUGUUUUAUGCUCCUGUUUUGUUUCCUUUAAAAAAAAAAAAAUGCAAUGUAACGUUAGUGAUGUUUCUCUGCUACGUGUCUGUAAUUAGUACAGCAGCUUACUUGUGCUCAUUUCACUUAGAUAACCUUUUUGGAAGAAACCAUUAAGCCAUUUAAUAUUCAGUUGCAUUUUCAGAGUUCUUUGACAGCAUAAUAGGUAGUGUUAUUGUUGUGAUCCAGAGUUCUCCAUGUAGAUUUCUUCUUCCUUUUGCAUUUAUUUUUUUUAAUUCCAGGAAGGAUUGGUUCAGUCUUUAAUAACAUGUCAGUCAGCAUGCUUUUAUAUGUAAGUGCCUCACUGCUAACAAAAGCAUGUCCUCAGGUUUUCAUUUUAGACCUGUGAAUUUUCUGUAAUCCAAAGAUGGCAGCAAAUAAGCCUAAAGGGCAGAAUUCGCUGGCUUUACAUAAAGUCAUCAUGGUGGGAAGUGGUGGUGUAGGAAAAUCUGCUUUAACACUACAGUUUAUGUAUGAUGAGUUUGUAGAAGAUUAUGAGCCCACCAAAGCCGACAGCUACAGGAAGAAGGUGGUUCUGGAUGGGGAAGAAGUCCAAAUUGAUAUAUUGGACACAGCAGGGCAGGAGGACUAUGCUGCAAUUAGAGACAACUACUUCCGAAGUGGAGAAGGCUUUCUUUGUGUUUUCUCUAUUACAGAGCUGGAAUCAUUUGCAGCUACUGCAGAUUUCAGGGAGCAGAUCUUAAGAGUAAAAGAAGAUGAGAACGUUCCUUUUUUGCUAGUAGGUAACAAAUCAGAUUUGGAAGAUAAAAGGCAAGUUUCUAUAGAAGAAGCAAAAAACAGAGCUGAUCAGUGGAAUGUUAACUAUGUGGAAACUUCUGCAAAAACGCGAGCCAACGUUGACAAGGUGUUUUUUGAUUUGAUGAGAGAAAUUAGAGCCAGAAAAAUGGAGGACAGCAAAGAGAAGAAUGGGAAGAAGAAAAGAAAAAGCCUAGCUAAGAGGAUCAGAGAAAGAUGUUGCAUUUUAUAAUCAAAACCCUGAAUUCUUUUCCUACUUUGACCAUACUAAUAAAAAAACCAUAAUUUAUAAGCAUGCCAUUGAAGGCUCAAGUGACUGAAAUUACUCUAACAUGUUGGAAAUUGUAAUGUACCACUAAAAGCAUGAAUUGGAGCUGCACUGAAAGUCAAAUUCACUGAAAAAGAUUGAUGUGGCUUCAAGAGAAGCAAACCAUUUCAUAAUCGCCUACCUUCUCACAUUUCUUCUGAAUGUAGUGUUUCAUGGGAAGUCUUUAUUAGUAAACAGAGGGGGAAAUAUUACUUUAUGGUUUCUUGUAAAGCAUACUUUUUUAUCAUUGAUAAUUGUCACUUUGUCUUGUCUUUCGUUGCCUUGAAAAUUACAGUUGUGAACGUGAUACCUAACAAAGCGGUAUACAGUUGUUUUGCCAUGGAGUUAUGCAAAUUAGGAAAGAAUAAUGUAUAUGCGAACAGUUAUGCUGAGGAAAACUAUAUGUGGUUCCGCAUUACCUGAUUAACCUAGAAGAGUGAUGUAAUCUUUUACAUUGAAACAUUUGAAUAUGCCUUAAUUUUAAAACCUAAACAUAGCAGGUUGCUUAGUCAAGGGUGUAUUUUCAGCUUGUUGCAUGGAGACUCUCCCUGUGCAUCAGUGCGAGCCUGCCCUCUCUGUAGAGUGGAGUUACAUGAAUGGUCUCGCUAACUAGCUGUCUGCUAGCGGUGUCUGUUCUUUAAAUGUGUGCCAUACUAUGGUUUUGUGAAUAAUACAGAGCAUAUUCAGUCAUCUGUAGCUUGGUGAACUAUGUGGUAUCUUAUAGCUAAAAGGUCAGAAUAUGUGUAAGAUGGAAGUCAAAAGUCUAUGGCACAUCCGAGCCUGGAGUGGUUGCUUAAAACUUAACGUACUGAUACCUUGAAGCUUCCCUUUGCAAGUAGAUGUUUGUCUAGAUGUUUCUUGGGUUUUAACUCCCUGGAGUAGGGUGGAGUGGAGCUGAUUCAGUAGUGCUACUGUAUUUUGAGUUAAGAUGUCUGGGAAAUUCCAGUGUCAUGGGUUAAUUUCUUUUGUGUUCCUGAUACUCGGCUGCAGGAACACAGCAUGUUAUGCUGAAGCUCACUGCAGGUUUUGUACUGUUUAGUCUACUUUAUGUUGAUUUUAAAAUGGGGAACAUUGUAGCUACUUUUUGUAGUUAAUGUUGAUAUUAAACAAUCAAAGAUGCUUUUGCAAUACAAAAAUAUUUACCGUGGACAUCCAAAAUCCCCAAACAAAAUGUACUGCCUCAGUUGCUUCAGAAUAGCAAGAAUACUUGCACAUGGUGAGUGUGCUUCAUCUUAACUAAAAAUAUACCAGAACAUUUGAGGGUUUUGGACUCCUUUGGGGUAAGAUGGGCUAGAUCAAUUCCACAAACUGUUAUACUUUUUAUACAUGUGUAAGCCUAUAACUGACAACUUAUAAUGUGCUCAAGCAAACUAGGUAACAAAUAUUUAACUUUCAUGCUAACAGACAUUUUAGGGACUCAAGUCUUAGAAGUUAUAUUUGUCACGUUAAAUAUUUAUCAGUAGGAAUUUUGUAUGUGCGUUAGUAGACUGCCAAGUGCAGAAUUAAAAGUUACUCAUGUAACUGUGGCAAAUGAGCCAACAUCAUCUUCUUGUGUACUCAUUUUGGUCUAUUUAGCCAGGGAGUCUAACCACUAACAUUGUGACUUUGCUUUGGAAUCUGUCUGCUGGGAGCUGAGGUGUUAUGAAGCCACCAGACAUAUGAAACUUGUCUUGGCUGAUGCCUUACCCUGUCCUUUUAUUUGCUAUUUGAGCCAUUGAAAGAUGAAUAAACUUCCACUUUUUUAAAUA